AUGGCUAAAAAUGGAAUAUCAGAUUAUAGAGCGUUUCAUGAUCUCACUAAAAGACUAUUAACAGUCGGCGGACUGUGGCCUUACAGUAAUUCAAAUAUAUUAUAUCGACUUUUACCAUACAUACAAAUUUUUUUAAAUCUAGCAAUGGCAUUAGUUGUCUUUGGCUUCGUCCUAGAACAUUUUUCAAACGUCGCUGUUGUUACCCGAGGCUUAAGUAGUAUGACGAGUUUCGCCUCAGCUAUAUUAAAGGUGGUGUGUCUUAUAAGAAAACAUAAAGAGAUAACGGAACUGCACAAAAAUUUGGAUCCGUAUUUUGAGAAAUUGUUGGAAAAUGAAAAAAUGUUAGAGCAUAUUUUAAAAAAAGUAAACAUCUUCAGAUUGCUAUCAGGAGUUCUAACUCUCACGGUCUUUGCAGUCAUCGCAUUUCAAAUUAUCGCUCCACUGAUCUUCAUAAUCAAUUGCAAGGUUCAUCAUGUUGAAAUAAAGAAAUACCCGCUGAUAUACCCCGGAAAUUAUCCGUGGAAUAUUCCCACAAGUGGAUUUUUGUACUUAGCCCAUUUUACACUAGAAACAUUUGGGACAUUUGCAUUAUUUUUUGUAACAACGAGCGUGGAUUCGUUAUUUACGCUUUAUAGUUUCCAAAUAAUUGGCCAACUGAGGGAAAUGUCUUAUUACAUCACGCAUAUUGACAGCGAUGACGAUAGUGGAAAAUACAUUUUUCACAGUUGUAUAAUCCAGUAUCAAAAAUUAAUCAAAUGUGUCAAUCUUAUGGAGGCUAUUUACGGUCCCGUCGUACUUUGGAUGAUGGGCACAAAUGCUAUUGUACUUUGUGCUUUAUUAUUUCAGAUAUCAAAGAUGAAAACUAUAACAAUUAUUCAAGGCUUUAUGUUUACAUCAUAUGUAAUAUUAAAAUUAGUACAAACAUUUAUGUAUGCAUGGAGUGGUUCUUGUUUAACAGAAGAGAGUGAAAAUUACAAAGAUGCUGUUUAUUCUUCUAACUGGCAGGGAAAAAAACCUUUUAUGGUUUUAAUUGUCAUGUGUUUAAGUCAGCGACCUUUAGCUAUAACUGCAUGCAACUUCUCAAUUGUUUCUCUGAGAAUGUUUAUUUCGGUUGUAAACACCACGAUUUCUUAUUUUUUUCUAUUACAAACGCUUGAUAGCGAGCAAUAA